AUGCUCCUCUCUGAAGAUCCCGCGACCCUCAUCCGGCACACGAUUGAAAACUUCAACAUCCACCCGGACAAGCUCGCCGUCUCGCGCGUGGGCGAAUCCCUCUCCACGCUGCAGCAAGCGCGCGACCUGCGCCUCCGCGAGGCCGAGUCGUCCCUGAAGCAGCUCGCGCGGCAGCUCUCUACCAUCUCGCAGCAGCAAGCGUCCCUCGCAGCGGCGCACGCGGCCGCGGACCACGCCUCGGUCAUUUCCGACCUCGACACGCACAAGUUUCGCACGGCCAAGGCGGCGAGCGACGCCGAGGCCGAGGCGGAGCGCGUGGCGCUGCAGGCGGCGGAUCUGGCGGCGCGGCUGCAGGAAUUGGAGCUGCAGGGGGUAGAGGGGGAUGUGGGUGUUGGUGGUAGUGGUGGGAAGAGGAGGGAUUUUGUGGACGAUGAGGUGUUGUUAAGGUUAAAAGUGUAUAGGAGCUUGGGGAUUGAGAUUGAGAGGGACGAGGAGAGCGGGGAGUGGGCAAAGGCGGUGAUUCGGAAUGAUCGAAAGGGGGAUGUGCAUGUGGUGAAUAUGGACAAGAAGUUUUCGCGGUAUUUCUACGCGAAUUACUUUUGGAAGACGUUGUGA